GAAUCGAAACAACGAUAGAGAUACACAAGAAGGGUUCUAACGUAUUGGAACAAAAUCGUAACAUACCAAUCAUAGCUUAUACCACAAAUCCUUGCGAGGAACGAUUUUUUGAAGCUGGAAUGAACGGAUGGGUUGGAAAACCAGCAAAGCAUUGGAUGGUUCGAAAAGAAUUGGAGAGGGUAUAUAGCAUAACAAAUUCAUCACGACCGUCCUCAAACAAAAAUUAA